CUGUGUGAAAUCGUUGCAGAUACUAAGGCUGCAAUUGAGCCAGAGCUAUAUGUAUCUAGUCAUCGUGAUUGUAACCCAUGUGGAAAUGACAUUAAAAACGUCAAGCUACACAUUGAAGAUUUGCAGAAACAAAUUAGUUCUAUUAACAAUGUUAUUGAUUCUACAAAUGGCAUUAUAGAGUCAAUCAGUGAAAUUUUGCUUCCCGGUGAUGGCGGUGGUCUGACUCGUGAUCACAGAACUGAUGCUACGGUAAAUGAGCUGUUUAAAAUCAUUGAUGAGAAGAAUAAAGUAAUUAUGGAUCGUGAUAAUACUAUUAGGGAAUUUAGAACUAAAUUAUUAGAGGCCGAAAGUGAGAGAGACUCACUAAAACAACAAAAAUACUCCGCAUUAGAUACGCAAGAUACGUCCCAAUGUAAUGACACAAUAGAAAACCAACAAAGCCUGUCGUCAAAAACAAUACCUAUUGAUGAGAAUACGGGUACAAGGCACGAGAAUAACACUGAUAUUAGGCUGAAUAAUGGUAAAUCUUAUGUCUCUGACUCUAACUCGGCUUUGCAAAAUAUCCCAGUGCCUGCUAUAAUAACCCUGAAGACCCUUACGUCCAUGUCUCUUGCGUUAUCAAAAAAUAAUCCAGAAAAUUGGUUAGGAAGGCUGCCUCUCUUAGAGGGAAAGCACAAGGCAUCUUGUACUCUCAAAUUUGCUAAGCAAAAUAUUUCACAAACAUUUACCAUGAAGACAACAGAUGCUAGAAUGACGGCGAAUGCCAUCAACACCCCAAAACAACCUAUGUCAAAAAAUACUAAGCAUAAAUGUUUCCCAGUAGAUUGGAUGGAGAGGUUGCCUCUCAUAGAAGGAAAACCUAAAUUGCAACCAGUUCAGCGACCAAAUAAUAUCAGCUGCCCAGAAUCGUAUAAGAAUGAUAAUUAUUUUUUAAAGCUCAAUUGGAAAAAACGGACACGUUUAACAGGAAGUCGCUGUCACAAGCAGGACUGGAUCAAUCAUCUGAAGCUUGUCCAUCGCACUAUGAAACGAUAA